CCUACACGUUCGUCUCCACCACUUGUUCCGUAGGAAUGCUUGAGAUGGGCUUCUAGUUCAAGCUGCUCGCUCUUGCUUUUCCGCUUUUUUUCCCCCCCGGAAAAAGAAUGACAUUUUUGCCGCGCGUCGUGCGUCAAGAGUGAGCGCCGGAGAAACUCGGAGCGACAAGAAAAAGAUGCGCAGAUGAGUCUUGAAUGAGGAUUGAAAAUGUCACAGGGAAACGUGUGGAUAUAGCCUCUUUUCUUCCCUCUCACUGUGCAACUUCUGAUCGUCUGCAUCCGCGAGAAUUGCCUGCUUUAAACGCGGGAUACCGCCUCGUGAACUGCCAGACGGAAAGUUCCGAUGGUCCAAACGGAUUUCUGUCGCUCUUUGAUCCCAGUUGUUUUGAUGUGAAAGAGAUUUGAGAGCUGGGUUUUUGCCUCCGAGAGCACCGGAGGAUAUUCCACCUGCGGACAGACCGACGCACCAGCGCGGAUUGAGAAGUCCCUGGCUCAGGCAGUUCUUCUGAUGACCCAAUGGAACUUAAUUUACAAGUAGCACUCUUUUGGCUGGUGGUGCUGCAAUGCGGCUCCGUUGACUGCAGUAUCCUGUAUCGUGUCCUGGAAGAGCAGCCUCCCAACACUCUCAUCGGUAGCCUGGCUGCUGACCAGGGUCUACCAGACUCAGGACAUCUCUAUAAGCUGGAGGUAGGCGCCCCAUACCUGCGUGUCGAUGGGAAAACCGGCGAUAUCUUCACCACAGAAAUUCCCAUAGACAGAGAGACAUUGAGGGACUGUCGCUUGCUCAUGAAGGGUAAGCCCUGCUUUCUGGAAUUUGAAGUCUCAGUCACAGAUCUGAUUCAAAAUCAGAGUCCACGACUCAUUGAGGGACGCAUUGAGGUGCAGGAUAUCAAUGACAACACGCCACAGUUUCCUUCAUCUGUGCUCACCAUCUCUGUGCCGGAGAACACAAUCAUGGGCGCAUUGUUCUCCAUACCUGUUGCUACAGACAGGGACACGGACAGAAAUGGAGUGAGUGAUUACGCCCUCACAGCUGGUCCAGAUGCAGCAACCCUUUUUGGUUUACAAGUGGCGGAUGACAGGGGAGGAAAGCUGCCACAACUCAUCGUUCUUGGCAACCUGGAUCGAGAGCAGAAGGAUUCCUAUGACCUCACAAUCAAAGCGGUGGAUGGUGGAAAUCCACAGCGGUACAGCAGCGCGCUGCUCAGAGUGGUGGUCACGGACGCCAAUGAUAACUCGCCAAAGUUUGAAAAGUCCACAUACGAAGCUAAAGUGUUGGAAAACAGUCCUGUAGGGCAUUCAGUGCUGCAGGUCAAAGCAAACGACUCCGACAUGGGACCUAAUGGAGAAAUCGAGUACACUAUUCACCAAGCAGUCGACCCAGUGCCCAAACUCUUGCGUAUUGAUCGUUCCACCGGCACUAUCUAUGUCAAAGGACCUCUGGACAGAGAGGAGAUUAGCAGCUUAUCAUUCUACGUCGUGGCAAGGGACAAAGGCCCACAGCCUAAAAGCUCCAAGACAUUUGUAACAAUUGAAGUGACUGACCAAAACGAUAAUGCUCCAGCUGUUGAAAUUAGAGGCAUUGGGCUUGUGACACACAACGAGGGGGUGGCAAACAUCUCAGAAGACAUGCCAGUGGGAACAGCCGUUGCUUUGGUUCAGGUGUCUGACAGGGACGAGGGGGAGAAUGCGGUCGUCACCUGUGUUGUUGCCGGUGAUGUCCCCUUUCAGCUGCGUCCUGCCAGCGACUCAUCAAGCGAUAAUAGACGGAAAUAUUUCCUCCAAACCACCACGCCUCUAGACUUCGAAAGAGUCAGAGAUUACAGAGUGGAGAUUGUGGCGGUAGACUCCGGCAACCCAGCACUAUCAAGUACCAACUCUUUAAAGGUGCAGGUGACGGACGUGAAUGAUAACACUCCAGUAUUUUCCCCAACCUUAUUUGAGGUAGAUUUUGCCGAAGAAAAUGAACCAGGGGAAAAAGUUUUGGAUGUUAUAGCUUUGGAUGCCGACAGUGGAACAAAUGCAGAACUCCUAUAUAAUAUCAUUGGUGAGCCAUCUAUCAAAGGGCUUUUUGAGAUUGACCCAAAUACAGGAGAAGUCAGAGCCCGGACCCCUCUUGAUCGUGAACAUAAAGAACGCUAUGAGUUUCGGGUCACAGCUGCAGAUAAAGGAUCACCUGUUCAUAAAGGGACAGCAACAGUUGUUAUAAAGGUGCUUGACCGCAAUGACAAUGACCCCAAGUUCAUGUUGAGCGGUUACAGCUUUUCUGUUUUGGAAAACAUGCCUCCUCUUAGUCCUGUGGGGAUGGUGACAGUACUGGAUGUGGACAAAGGUCAGAAUGCCCAUGUUCACCUCUCUGUGGAGCCGGAUGGGGGAAAGUUUGUUGUUCAAAACGGAACGGGCACCAUCCUCUCAAGCAUAUCAUUUGACAGAGAAAAAGAAAGCAGUUAUACUUUCCGUCUAAAAGCAGUGGAUGGAGGAGAGCCGCCCCGAUCCUCGUAUGUUGGUGUUACCAUCAAUGUGCUUGAUGAAAAUGACAAUGAUCCGGUGGUCACAAAACCUUCAAAUUCUUCAUAUAGACGCCUCUCACCAUUAGCAUCUCCGGAUAGCCAUGUAGAAGUAGUGGAAGCCGAAGAUUUGGACAGCGGUCCGAACGCAGAGCUUGUUUUCAGCAUUGCCGGUGGAAACCCAUACCAAUUAUUCCGCAUUUCCCCGACUAGUGGAGAGAUCACUUUGGCAAAAGAAAUGACUCCUAAACAUGGCGGACUCCAUCGCCUUGUUGUUCGUGUGAGUGACAGGGGGAAACCGUCACGCCAUGCCACUGCUCUAGUUCAUAUCUAUGUCAAUGAAACUAUUUCAAAUGUCAGCCUAGUGGAAGCUUUAGUCGGUCACAGUCUUUACACUCCACUGGACAGGGACAUUGCUGGUGAUCCGGACAAUGGCUUUGCUGCACACCGUGGCAACAUUUUAUUUGGGAGCCUUGCUGGGGUGGCAGGGGUUGUAAUGAUCAUUCUUGUUGUGGUGUUUAUACGAAACCGCAUCCAGAGAGAAACUAAAAGUGGUUACCAGGCCGGCAAGAAAGAAACAAAAGACUUGUACGCCCCAAAACAGGCACCAAAGAAUACAAAAGGAAAACGAGGCAGGAAAGGAAAGCCACAAAAGCCGCCAAAACAGCUUGGAGAAGACGAGGAAGUCAGUCUUCAGAAGAAUCUCAAGUUUAACCUCGAUGGAGUCAAUGAUAGCCCCAGGAUACAUCUGCCACUGACCUACUCGCCAGGAAGUCCUGACAUUGGAAGGCACUACCGCUCCAACUCGCCGUUACCAUCCAUUCAGUUGCAAGCCCAAUCUCCUUCAGCCUCACAGAAACAUCAGGCUGUUCAGGACUUGCCUGCCACCAACACCUUCGUAGGUACAGGCGGGGACGACAACUCCACUGGGUCAGACCAAUACUCAGACUACAGCUACAGGACCAAUCAGCCCAAGUACAAUAAGCAGCAUCCUCAUCGGCGGGUUACCUUCUCCACCAAUCCAGUGCAGGACCUGCAGGACGUCUCCCAGCACAGUUACUAUGACAGCGGCUUAGAGGAAUCUGAGACGCCGAGCAGCAAGUCUUCAUCUGGUCCUCGCAUUGGACCUCUGACCCUGCCCGAGGACCACUACGAGAGGACCACUCCAGAUGGCAGCAUAGGAGAGACCGAACAUCCCGAGAACGAUAUCCGCUCCAUCCCUGACGUGGCGAUGACCGGAAACUGUACCACCGAAUGCAGCGAAUUGGGCCACUCCGAUGCCUGCUGGAUGCCUGGUCAUCCUUCCCCGGUGCGCAAGACCAGGAACCCCCCCAAACUCUCCACUUUUGUGCCUUACCAGGAGAGAGGGAGCCUGGGUCGCCUGGCCAACGGGAACGCCAGGCUGGGCAGCGAGGAGCCGCGCUCCCGCGUUCCGCCAUCUCGCAGUGCCUAUUCCAACAGCGGUCACGAUGCCAGCCAGGACUCCCCCUUAGAGGAGAUGCCCCUGAGCGUCGCCUCCGAGUUUCCACCCACUUCACCCACUGCCCACACUCCCAAAAGAGAGAUCUAUCUGUGAGGAGUGCCAUCGUCUAAUCAGCAUACGAAUCAAGAACCUCUUGAACAACAAAAAAAAAAAGGCUGUCCACAAGUCAAUGCCCGUUUUGUAGGAUGCAAGGCUGUGACUCAUCCAAUCCUUGGCAUGAACACGAGCAUUUUUGUCAUCUCCUCCCUAAAUAAUUUAUUACCAUAUUUAUUAAAAAUUCCACUACUGGUGCACUCAUUCAUUUAUUGAUGUAGAGUCUGGAAGGGCACAGAUCUGAUGAAAAAUGCAGUCGGUAACCACUACUUUAGUGACUAAUUAUCGUCGUAGUUAGCCAAGUCCUAUUCUGUGAAGUGGUCUUUUGAAUUUGACAAAUGUGGUCAGUGCUUGUGUGCAACUGUUAGAUGAUCGGAUAGGCAGCCAGUGGUGUCAGAAGACAGAACACUAACAAUCAAGUGAAAUGGCCUAGCUUAAUGUACAGUGCUGUAAAUACAUUUGAAUGGUGUGUUUUACAUGUCCGACACGAGCUAAAAUAGACAAAAAAAAAAGAAAAAAAGCCUCAGAAUAUUUUUGCGUACUUAAGCUUUCCGUUGCUGCUGCUGUUCAAACUUAAUGGAAACUGCUCCAGUAGAAGAGGUCAAUAUUGUGUAAGGCAAUUGUCCGCUCCACAGUCACACACACCUUCAACCCCCAGUCAAAGUAAUAAGGCCUUUACCUCCCGCCCCAGUGGAGCACAGCCACUGGUGGUGAAAAACAUUUAAACAGACAUUAUGUUCCACUGACUCGCAGCACUGUGACCUAUUGUUCAUCAUGAAAAAAAAAAGAAAAAGUCCUCUUGGCCACAGUGCCCCAGAGUCACACAGAUCAAGUGCAGACUAUUCACUUGGAUGAUUUGAAUAGGCUUUUCAUUCAAAACCUUCCCCUGUCAGUGAAACCACACCGGUGUGUCGGUUUUAAAUGACCUCUCUCCGUCAUGACAAUCAGGCCUGUUACUGACCGUUCAUCUGUGGUCUCCACAGUCUCCCGUCACGAUCCAUCACAACUUCUAUGGAUUCAUGGAUUGAGAGGGCUCGAUGAAUUUCUGCAGUUAAGCUGAUAUAACCUCUGCUCCCCCCAAAAAUGCAUUCAUCUCCAGGCUACCUAUAACUGUCCUCAUCUCUUUGGAGAGGACCGCCUACCCUGAGUUGCUUCAGUUAGGAAGAGAUGGUAAUCCAUUAGAGCAUUGCAGCUGAGCCAAAUAGCCCAUGCGUUCAAAUUCACAAGUUGUUUGUUGCUCUCCACUGACACCAACCCAAAAAAGCACGUUUUUAUCAGACAAGUCAUUAGCAGUGUAAGCUUUUCUAAGCGUCUCCUUAGCCCUUUUCACACUGCAAUUUCGAACGGUUGUGUGUGAAACUCACCGGGUUGAUAUCACGCCGAGCCAAGAGCACACUCGCCCUCCAUUGGGCAACUUUCACAAUCCUAGAAAUAAAAUGAACUCGCCGUUUAAUUCAUUGCCAAACUCAAAGUUCUCCCAUUGAAGCCCUUUAGAAAGACAUUUUUACGCUUGAGGCCACUAUCAAAUAGGAAGAAUUGUGAAGACUCAAAUGAACUAACUACAUUGAUGUUUCACCUGUUUUUUCCACAUUUUACCCAAACCUACUUCUCUUAUGGUGCAUUGAGGAGUCAUAACAUUUCAAUGACGCCCUGAUAACAUCCCGAAUUCCUUAAAUUGUCACCUCACAAAUCAAGUUUUUCUUUGACCCACCACAGUUAAGCAGCAGGGGAUUGAUGAGCUAAAAGAAUCCUCUAACUUUUAAGGCAUUUUUAUCCUUUGAGCCGUUGCGAACAGAACAAAAAUAGGUCAUGUCUGUAGGCUUCAUUUAUCUUUUCCAAGUGAAACUGAAGGAUGUGUUGAAGGACACUAUUAGUCGGUAAUUGGAUGUUAAUAAUGACUGCCUUACAACGUUGUAACGCCGUGUCUUUGAUUCAGAAAUGGAUUUGAUUCGAUUGGUAGAUACCUCUCACCUCUGCCGAGUGUUGGCGCGGUUAGAUCGUGUCUCGGAGUGAAGAUGGAAGAGUGGGGAAUGGACACUUCCUAAUGAGGGUGAGUAAUGACUCUUGAGUCAGGGCACACGCGAGCGCCCUCGGGACGCAGCACCCACCAGCCGAUGCGAGUCUAACCGCGGCGAUAGCAUCAGUUAAAAGAGCAUUAUUAUCAGCACUUACCUCAUCAUGCUGCCAUUUACAACUGCGCUCGGAAUAAUGAAAGUGAAAACAUAUGGAAAUUAGCAGACAUGGCCAUGAUUAAAUAAGGUGGGCGAUUAUCCUGCCUUGAGGGGGAGAAAGCACAUUAUACCCUUUUCAAAGCCAUUUAGCCACUGGAAUCAAAUUCAAACAACAGCCAUGAUACACUGUGAUUAAACCUCCACGGCUCCCCGAAGCGCCGCUCGCAGAGCUGUGGACGGCCGCUUGACAAAGAGAAGAGACGGCGGCGGGUGAAGUCACUGACCUGGAAGUAAUGGCAAGUGCGACGGAUAGUAAAGAGUGAUAAAGCCACACAUAGCCUCAGUCACGUCUUGAUCUAAUAUUGAAAUGCUUUGACUCAAUUUAGACUCACAACUGCUCUGCAUCAAUAUUAUCUCUGGGAUUUAGUCCUAACCUGAUUCCAGCCUAAAGACUCUCUUCUUCGCUGUAGUGCAUCAGGAAUGUAUCUUUAGAGUUGUCUUUUUUGGAUCACUCCUAUGUGAGAUGAAUAACCUCUGCUUUGAGUCUUGACACGGACAAAAAGAAAAAAAAAAAAAAAAGAAAAAAAAUCUUUUUCAACCAGUUGGACUUGAGCCUAUUAACACCUUUUCAUCUUGGAACAAUCCACGGCCUGGCCUGACCCUUGUUUGGAACUGAGUGAACUGAGGUCUAUCUUCGGCGCAGAAGACUUCAUCUCGAUCAAAGUGAGAGGACAUUUUGAAGCACCCCCACACACACACACACACACGAAAAGUUUGUUGAAUAUGUUUAAUUUGUAAUAAACAUGGGUUUAAUGUUGAAAUCACUUGAGUAUCUUUUGCCUCUGUAGUGUAUAUCGUACGGUGAUCAUUUCUGUGGACAGAUGGACAAAAUUAUUGUACUGAAAUUGGCAAAGGAUUUUUUUUUUUUUUAUAUAAUUUGUACAGAGCAAAGGCUCUUCAGAAAACCAGUCGUGAGGAAAUGUUUUGGUGGCGUAGUGUACAUAUACAGUAUCUCCACAACCCUGUGUCUGCUAUGAAACGGGGCGUGAUAUUAGCAUGAAUUCCAAAGAAGAUUGGUAAAUUUGUUUACUGUCUUUGAGUUACGUUCUGGACUGUCAGUGCUGAGUUAUAACGGAAGGCCCCUCUUACCGAAACUGAAAUUAACCUCACGCUUCAUCCUUUUUCACAGUUAUCUAGAACAAAGACGAUUGCCUUGAGAAUAUGUCUUUACAACAGAGAAUCUAGUUGUUAUCCUAACUGUUGCUAUAUUUAUAUAGGAUAAAAAUGCUUGUGAUGCCAUGUUUUUGUACAGUUUUAUGUACAUACGAGUGACGCUUUUUAAAAGUUCUGAGAAAAGCCGAUGGCAUAUAAAAUUGUAAAUUGUUUUCUUGAGAUGUGCACAUCUUGCCUUGGUUGGAUUGACCUUUGCUGAGUCAGUGUGAAUGUGGCCGUUCUAUGCCUGCACUGUAGUCAUUCACCGGCUCCCACCUCCUGAGGACUUUAUUCGAUUUUAUGUUUGUUGUGAACAGUGGAUUGUCCUAUCUUACCAGUUUGUUAAACUCCUGUGUUCUGCUUUGUUCUGUUUUUCGCAUGUUGACAACUUUUCUUGUAAUAUUGUCCUCAUGAACUUUGUAAUAAAAUCACU